AAGGGGGGCGCGCCUGCGAGCAGCGGGCAUGCGCGUUUCAGGCGGCCAAUGAGAAGUGGAGAAUCGUCAGCGGCUAACAGGCAGCUGCUCUCGGGGGCGGUGGGGCAGGGUCGCAAGUUCGAGCCUGUGUCUCCCGGGAAGGGGCCUCUCUGUGCAGUUCAGGCUGGCUGUGAAUUGGCUGCGAUCCUCCUGCCUCAGCCUCCUGAAUGCAGGAAUGACAGGCGUGCACCUCCACAGCUGCCCUUCUGCCUCAUCUCACUGAACCCUUCCUUUGGGGAGCAGCCCGAGAGAUCAGGCAGUGUGGCCGCCUCAUCCCCCACCCCCCGCCUCGCUUUUGUCUCAGUAAGGUCCUUUCAGUCACUGACUGCCCCUGCUGUGGACCCUGGCGAGCUGGGCCCGGGACUGAGCUGGCACACAAACUCCCCAGGCUCCAGAGAAGCAGUCCUGGUACAGAUGUGGAGGAUGGGACUGGUGGGCAAACAGAGUGAGGGGCUGGGCGUGAUGCUGGGAGCAUCCCUGGUCACUUUGUUUACCACUGGCAGCACUGGAGUGCGGACUUAGGGCCUUGCUUGAGCUGGGUGGUCGCUGACCACUGAACCACACCCAGCCCUCGGGUGGCUCCUUUCUCCUUGGGGCCGUGUGUGUGAGUUCUUACACCUGUUUUCAAGGUCUGUGUGGAAGGUGUAAGAUGCAGCCCCGCGCAGAAACCUCACGGUCAGCUUCGGAUGGUGACAUUCCCAGCACCUCCAUUUUCCAAAUGGGGAAACUGAGGCUCAGAGUGACUAAGUGAACUUCGUGACUGGACACAGGAAGCUUUGGAACGUACCGCCAGGAUGCCUCUGUGCCAGUGGGGAGGCUCGGCGAGGCGCGGCCAGCCCGACGGGGAUGAAUUGCAGCCCUUGGCCGCUGCGGGAGGCCUGCGGGUCCUUCUGCACUGGGCUGGCCCUGGUGGUGGGCAGCCCUGGGUCACCUUCAGCGAGGCCUCAAUAACAGCUGAGGAGGUCUGCCUCCGAGUGGCGCAGCAAGUCGGCAUCACACCAGCCUGCUUCAGUCUCUUCGCUCUCUUUGAUGCUGAUGCCCAAGUGUGGCUGCCCCCAAACCACAUCCUGGAAGUUUCUGGAGACACAAGCCAGACACUGUAUUUCCGCAUGAGGUUUUACUUCCGGAACUGGCAUGGCAUGAACCCGCACGAGCCACCUGUGUACCGCUGCAGACUCCCAGGGCCCGAGGUGUCCUCAGAGCAGGCGGAGCAGGGGAUACAAGUCUUGGAUCCAGCCUCCUUUGAGUACCUCUUUGAGCAGGGCAAGUAUGAGUUUGUGAAUGAUGUGAUAUCCCUGUGGGAGCUGUCCAGUGAGGAGGAAAUCCACCACUUUAAGAAUGAGAGCCUGGGCAUGGCAUUUCUACACCUCUGCCACCUUGCUUUCUGCCGCAAUGUCCCUCUGGAGGAGGUGGCCAAAGAGAUCAGCUUCACGCGCUGCAUCCCGAGCUCCUUUCGGCAGCAGAUCCGCCAGCACAGCGUGCUGACCCGCCUGCGCCUGCGCAGCGUCUUCCGGCGCUUCGUGCGCACCUUCCGGACGGCGCAGCUGUCCCGGCGGGCCGUCAUGGUCAAGUACCUGGCCACGCUGGAGCACCUGGCGCCCCGCUUCGGCGCCGAGCGCAUCCCGGUGCGUCACCUGGAGCUGCUGUGCCAGGCCGACAGGGAGCCCCCCGCAGCCCCCGACCCCGCCUCGUCCCCGGGACCCCCCACCCACGAGGUGCUGGUCACGGGCACCGGGGGCAUCCAGUGGCGCCCGGUACAGCCGGAGGGCGCCGGUGGCAGUGGUGUUGGUAGCUGGAAUCCGAAAGCCGGGGUGCCCGGGAGAAAGGCCAGGGCCCACAGGGAGGCAGGGGGGCAGCCGGCAGACCGGCCGCAGCAGCCACCCUGGACCUAUUUCUGCGACUUCCGGGACGUCACCCACGUGGUCCUGAAGGAGAGUCGCGUCAGCGUCCACCGGCAGGACAACAAGUGCUUGGUGCGGAUGGGGCUGGGGGAGCCGGGGCGCCCUGGGCCUGUGCGUCCCCUGACGUCCCCCUGCCUGCAGGAAAUGAGCCUGCCCUCCCGGGCUGCCGCCCUGUCCUUCGCAGCACUGGUGGACGGCUACUUCCGCCUGACGGCCGACUCCAGCCACUACCUGUGCCAUGAGGUGGCUCCCCCAAGGCUGGUCCUGAGCAUUCAGGAUGGCAUCCACGGGCCUCUGCUGGAGCCGUUCCUGCGGGCCAAGCUGCAGCUGGAGGACGGACUCUACCUCUUCCACUGGAGCGCCAGCCACCUGGACCGCCUCCUCCUCGCCGUGGCCCAGCGGGACCUGAGCCCGGGCGACGGUGGUGUGCGGAGCGUGUCCCUCCACAGGUUUCCAGUCGAGCGGCAGGCCGGGGGCUUCGUGCUGGAGGGCUGGGACCGCUCCUUCCCCAGCGUGCGCGCCCUUCGGGGCGCCCUGCGGGGCUGCUGCCUCCGGGCUGGGGACCACUGCUUCUCCUUGCGCAGGUGUUGCCUGCCCCGGCCAGGAGAGAUCUCCAACCUCAUCAUCAAGCGGGGGCCUCAGGCCCGCACCCGGCAGCUCAACCUCAGCCAGCUGAGCUUCCACAGAGUCCAGCAGGAUGACAUCACCCAGCUGUCACACUUGGGCCAGGGCACGAGGACCAACGUGUAUGAGGGUCUCCUGAGAGUGGGGACGCCCGAGGAGGACAAAGAGGAUGGCGUGGACUCUGGGGAGCCCAGUGGGGGCCGUGGGCAGGAGCUGCGUGUGGUGCUGAAGGUGCUGGACCCAGGUCACCAUGACAUCAUGCUGGCCUUCUAUGAGACAGCCAGCCUCAUGAGCCAGGUGUCUCACGUCCACCUGGCCUUCGUGCACGGUGUCUGCGUGCGUGGCUCUGAGAACAUCAUGGUGACUGAGUUCGUGGAGCACGGGCCCCUGGACGUGUGGCUGCGGCGGGAGCGGGGCCGUGUGCCCCUGGCUUGGAAGCUGGUGGUUGCCCAGCAGCUGGCCAGCGCCCUCAGCUACCUGGAGGACAAGAACCUGGUGCACGGGAAUGUGUGUGGCCGGAACAUCCUCCUGGCCCGGCUGGGGCUGGCAGAAGGCACCAGCCCGUUCAUCAAGCUCAGUGACCCUGGCGUGGGGCUGGGUGCCCUCUCCAGGGAGGAGCGGGUGGAGCGCAUCCCCUGGACGGCGCCCGAGAGCCUGCCCACCGGGGCCGGCAGCCUGAGCACAGCCGUGGACAAGUGGGGCUUCGGAGCCACCCUGCUGGAGAUCUGCUUUGACGGCGAGGUGCCCCUGCAGGGCCGCGCCCCCUCCGAGAAAGAGCGCUUCUACCAGAAGCAGCACCAGCUGCCCGAGCCCGCGUGCCCUGAGCUGGCCGCAGUCACCAGCCAGUGCCUGAGCUAUGAGCGGGCCCAGCGGCCGUCCUUCCGCACCAUCUUGCGUGACCUCACUCGGCUGCAGCCCCACAGUCUUGCGGACAUCUCGACUGUGAACCCCGAGUCACCAGCGUCAGACCCCACGGUGUUCCAUAAGCGCUAUUUGAAAAAGAUCCGCGAUCUGGGGGAGGGUCACUUUGGCAAGGUCAGCCUGUACUGCUAUGACCCAAACAACGAUGGCACUGGCGAGAUGGUGGCCGUGAAAUCCCUCAAGGCGGACUGUGGGCCUCAGCUCCACUCGGGCUGGAGGCGGGAGAUCGACAUCCUGCGCACGCUCUACCAUGAGCACAUCGUCAAGUACAAGGGCUGCUGUGAGGACCAAGGCGAGAAGUCGGUGCAGCUUGUCAUGGAGUACGUGCCGCUGGGCAGCCUCCGAGAUUACCUGCCCCGGCACAGCGUCGGCCUUGCCCAGCUGCUGCUGUUUGCCCAGCAGAUCUGCGAGGGCAUGGCCUAUCUGCACGCCCAGCACUACAUCCACCGCGACCUGGCCGCGCGCAAUGUGCUGCUGGACAACGACAGGCUCGUCAAGAUCGGGGACUUCGGCCUGGCCAAGGCUGUGCCUGAAGGCCACGAGUACUACCACGUGCGCGAGGACGGGGACAGCCCCGUGUUCUGGUACGCCCCUGAGUGCCUCAAAGAGUGUAAGUUCUACUAUGCGUCCGACGUCUGGUCCUUCGGUGUCACGCUGUAUGAGCUGCUGACGUACUGUGACUCCAGGCAGAGCCCGCCCUCGAAAUUCAUGGAGCUCAUAGGCGUCACCCAGGGCCAGAUGACUGUGCUGAGGCUCACGGAGUUGCUGGAACAAGGAGAGAGGUUGCCCCGGCCAGACAGAUGUCCCCCGGAGAUCUAUCUCCUCAUGAAGAACUGCUGGGAAGCCCAGGCCUCCUUCCGGCCCACCUUCCAGAACCUGGUUCCCAUCCUCAAGUCGGAGCAGGAGAAACACCAGGGCCAGGCCGCCUCCGUGUUCACUGUGUGCUGAGGCCUUGGGCAGCCUGCUCCCCAUGGCUCCAAGCUGUCCUGGCAGAGGCGAGGACCUGAGAGCAGGAGGCCAGCCUGGCUCGCCCCCAAGGUGGACUCCAUCUGCACUGGUGCUGUGACCCCAAGGCACCCAGGAUGGAUGGGGGCUGAGCAGGCCUUCUGCCGGAGACUGACACACAGGACCCGCUGUCUCCGCGGGCCUCAGAUAAGCUCCUCUUCCACCCCUGGUGCCUGUGGUCCUUGUGGCCGGCAGCUGAGGAUAACAUUGUGGACUGCAGUGAGGAGAGGUCGCUGUUAAACUUCUUGCUGUGGUGUGCAGGGGGACAGCUGUGGGCUCAGGCCAGCCCAGAAUGCAUAACAAAACCCUGUGUCAAAAAUAAAUUUUUUUUUUUUAUCGGUACCUGGGAUCGAGUUCACAACCGCCUGCUUACAAGGCAGGUGCCUAUGUCACUGAGCUAAAUCCCCAGCCCCAAGAUAAAUUAUUUUUAAAGGUCUGAGGAUGUAACUCAGUGCAGAGGUCUAGGGUUCCAUCCCCAGCACGAAAAAUUAAACAAAAAAACCGAAACCACCACCCCUGCGUGCACCUGUACCAGGUACACAGGUGGCAGAUGGCGGUGCCCAGUAAUUCCUGCUACAUGUACAGAGCCCCCACAGGCCCACGUGCCUCACCAAUUUGACUGCCAGGGUUGACCUUUCCUUGCUGUGUGACCUCAGAGCAUUGUGUAACUUCUCUGGGCCUCCCUCCAGCCCUGGGAUGGCCCAGCUAGCUACCUCACAGGACUGAUGUGCACUGUCCAUGAGGUGGCCCUGGCCCAUAAAUACUGCUCAGCAGAGCGACCUGUAGAUUGGUGCUUAAUAAACAUAGGAUAUUGUUGUUA